UCGCUGUAAUCUCUAUCCUUCUCUUUCAUUCUCAUCCCAAUCCUCAUUCUUUGUUUCUUCUUUCUUCGAUUCAAUAUUUCUGCGGCCGACAACAGACCAACUGCUACACAAUCAUUAAUUUAGUUUAUCCAAAAUCGAGAACCUGGUCAAGCCAAGAUAUCGCCUUCUUUUCUCUUCUUUUCUUUUUGGUAUCAUGGAAGAGGUUCCGUUUCUGCUGAGUUUUCCCGUGCCUGUGAAAGCAACAGCUCUCUGAAUCCUCAAAAUCUGAACUCGGAUUUGGGUGUUAGAACUUUUCAUGUCGUUUGUUGUGGCCCGAACAGGGCGACACCGACAGCGUUACGAAGACAACUUUCGACUUGUGUCUGGCACUUAGUGCUCUGCUACAGGAAGCACUGAAUUGCAGUCCAGUUCUUUAAGAGGAUCAUAAAAUUCAAACUUUUUCAAGACUUAAGGAUAAUACGAAGCAGAGUAAGUAACUGGGGGAUGUGAUUACAAAAUUCAAACAUUUUCAAGACUCAGAUAACAUGAAGCAGAGUAAGUAACAGGGGGUGUCAUACCUGUAUAUGGGACUAUGGAUUGUAAGUAAUAUUUCUUCCACGUCAAUUUCUUCAAGUCGUUAAAAUAUUUUUAGUGAUUGAAUGUUAAAUUCAACCAAACUGCUAUUAGUAGCUGCUGGAAAAAAAUUUCCCGAGCAAAACGCAAGAUUUCCCUCUUUAUCAGGCCUGAUGGAUAACAUUUUUUUUUUUAACUUGAAAAAUCUCGUUGAUCCACGACAAGAGGACAAAAAGCGUGUACAGGAUUUGUUGACGAAAGAACCAAGUGUUUUUUUUUUUUUUUUGGGACAAGGACGAAGUAAACCAAGCGUUGCCAAAUUUUGACAAAUUUCAUUCCCCCUCCACGUUUCCUCAUUUUACCAUCCAUAGAACUAUUUGGGCAAGAAAAUAGUCAUUACAUCAUAUGAUCAGAAUCAAGGUACACAAUUUUGAACAAUUCAUAGAGCAAGGAGUUGGACCUCUCAUCUCAAGUCUUGCAUACCGUCAUAACUUGGUGGUGAAGUUUCAAGGACCAUCAUUUGCAUUUGAUGAUCUUAUCAACCAUAUGGUUCAUUCAAUCGUUACCCAUAGAUUCCAUACAACAGGUGUAUUCCCUACAGAUGGAGGAAGGACAUCAAUGAUCAAAAGGGGCAUACAGAGCACACAAUAGAAGUUCUUAUGGUUACUUCACCAAAACGUGAUGAUCUAGUAUUUCCAAAGGGAGGUUGGGAGGAUGAUGAGACUGUCCUAGAAGCUGCUUGUCGUGAAGCGUUAGAGGAAGCAGGGGUGAAAGGAAUACCAAGGGAGAACCCCUUGGGAGUGUGGGAAUUUAGAAGUAAAAGCAGUCAGGAAUUGUGCAAACUGGAAGGAGGCUGCAGAGGAUACAUGUUUGCCUUGGAAGUGACUGAAGAACUCGAGACCUGGCCAGAGCAGAAAAAACGUGAUCGGCAAUGGUUAAAUGUAAGAGAUGCAUUUAUUCUCUGCCGGUACGAUUGGAUGUGUCAGGCGCUAGAAGAGUUUGUGAAAGUUAUUAUGGCAGAGGACAUAGAGCUUCAGAAGCAGGAAGAGAAAAUCGAUCUUCCUUUAAUUCAAAUACCAGAUGUGUCAACUAACAUCUCUUCCUUUAGCCCAAGUAUCAGAUGUGUCAACUAACAUCUUUAAAAUACCUUCUACUACAACUACUCUACAUCUUAGUAUGUCUGCUCAACUCAAACACCCGCCACUUGCUGCUAAGGAUAUCACAGCCAUUCACGUUGGUUGUUGACUCUUCUUGUAUGUACCCUUUUGCAGUAGGUUUCUGUAAUGAAUCCAUGGUGUCCAGUAGCUCUAGCUCCUUUUAAUUUGAUCGCCAACAAGCUGUGAAGUGAAGGCUUGGUUUCACACAUCUAGGCCAUCCACUUCAUUCUAGCUCCUUUUUCUUAAUUUCUUUGUGUUGAUGUAAAAUAUGUUGGUACAAUCUCAACUUGAAAUUUCAACUUAAGGUGACAUUUGGCACAUCGA